AUUUAAAAUAAAAACCAUCAUUUUCUAUUUGAAUCUCCCGCUUUUUUCAUGAAAGCGACCUGGCAGCGCUGAUAACAAACACGUGCCGCGCAAUCUUUAUCAGAAUUCUGUGUGCAUUUGUUUGAUGGUUUUAUGGUGCCUAUUUACAAUACAUAUUAAAAUAUCUCUGAAAAUAACAAAAGGAACCCUUGAAAACGAGUUUUUUAAUACCUACUAAAUUUAGAGACUCCGAGACGAUUAAGGUCGACCAGCCUGCUAAAGAAACCUACGAAUCUGUCAUAAAACCUGGAAUUUCUCAUAAUAUUCAAUACUGUAUUGGCCAAUUACCGGUAAUGAGAAAAUGACAUCUGCUAUUUUUAAGUUAAUGGAAAAUCAAAGGAAAUAAAAGAUGACAUUAACAAAUUAAUAAAGCAAAAUGCUUCAUUGGAAUUAAAAGUUGACCAUUUAACUCAAAAGGUAACGUCCACAAAUCCUUUGAGGCAAUCAAUCGUAAAUUCUGCCCUUUACAAGCCUUUGAAAGGAUUUCCUUUGAAUACAAAAGGGGAAUUUAAGGAAUUUGAAAGCCCCAAUGCUGUAAAAAACCGCGAAAAAAUGUUUGACCAUUUAAAAACUUUGGGUGCAGGAAAACUAAGAGAAUUUUUGGGCGCAGCCCUAAAAGAAAUAAUGACCGAUGAGCUCGUAUUUUCUUUCACUUGGAAAGGAAAUUCCAACAAUUUAUCUUUUGAAUCGACAAUCACAGCAAAUAUUCUAUAUAAUAUUGCGGUAGAAGUUACUUCUUACCCUGGUCCCUUAACAAAAGAAAAAUUUAAAACCGAACUUUUAGAAGUGUUUAGAGCUACAAAACAAAGAUUUAAGAAUAGUUUAAACAAGAAUGAGAUAAACCCAAAAAAACGGAAUCGCAUGAAAAAAACGAAUUCUUGUUCAAAAUUAACAUCUAAUAAGAAAAAAGAGCAUUCAACUCCGUUAUCAAAGUCAGAUUCUGCACAUUCUGAUUCUGAAGCAAUGUCAUGUGACUUUGAUGCUACCUCAGAAUACGAUGAUUCUGAGUCAAGAUCAGAUAGGUUGGAAGUUUCUGAAUCUGAAAUUGAAGAAUCAAAUAAGAAAUAUAAGUCAUAGAAUAAACCUUUUCUCGAUGAAAAAUAACUGUAAAUUUGUGAUAUAAAUAAAAAAAUUACCUA